AUGGACAUGGCAUUCUCAAGCCUCGACGAUUGUUAUUCAAUGUAUGUUAAGUAUGCCAAGGAGUGUGGGUUUUCAGUCAGGAAAGGUACUACACAGACGAACUCUAAAGGUGUGUUACAUAUUAAGUAUUACUUGUGUACGAGAUCUGGGUUAUACAAGGAUAAGAAGGUUGAUACGUUGGACCCCACUCAAAAAGAGCGAUUAGUGCGAUCCAACUUUUCAAAGAGGACUGAUUGUGGUGCACUGUUAGGUGUAACUUUUGAGGAUGGAUCAUGGAAGGUGUAUAAGUUUGUCGAGGAGCACAACCAUUAUCUUGUUGAACGUCGUGAUAAGCAUUUUCUUCCAACUAAACGACACCUCACUCAGCUCCAGAAGCAUGUUAUACACAGCAUGUCUAAGCUGAAUUUGGGUCCCGUGAAGGCGUUUAAUGUUAUGAAGAAUUGUUUUGGCGGUUUUGAAGAUGUGGGUGCAAUUUCUCAUGGCGUUUUCAUAUGCAGAUACUCUAUGGUGUUUGUGCCGUUCACUGGUAUAGACAAUCAUCACUGCAGUGUUACAUUUGGUGCAACAUUAUUGGCAUCGGAAACUGCUGAUACGUAUAUUUGGUUGUUGAGAGUUUUUCUAAAACCUGUUAGUUCUCAACCAAAAGUUGUUGUCACUGACCAAGAUCCAGCAAUGAAGAAGGCUAUUUCUGUUGUAUUUGUUGACACGAGGCAUUGGUUAUGCAUGUGGCAUGUGAUGCAUAAACUUUCUCUGAAGGUUGGUGUUAGGCUAUGCAAUUCCACCAAUUUUAAAGAACGUAUUUGUGGUGUUGUGUGGACGGAUAUUCUCACACCUGAAAAGCUUGAAUCAGAAUGGGAAGCGGUUAUCACAGAGUUCAAUUUAGCAGAUAAUGACUGGCUAUCUGAUAUUGUUGCACUCAGGGAAUCUUGGAUCCCUGCAUACUAUAGAAUGGAAGAGAUGUCGAGUCUUAUGCGAACGACAUCGAGGUCGGAGAGUGAGAAUCAUUUUUUUGGUCAAGUGUUCAAUUCGAAAGCUACUCUUGUUGAGUUCAUGACUCAUUAUGAAACUGCAAUAGAAGCACAAUCUGAGCUAAUUGGAAUUGCGGAUUGCAUAAAUCAACGUUAUGAAGAUCAGCCUGAUGGGUUUGUUAAGUUUUACGUAAAUGACUUCCAACAGCCUUGUACAUCCUUAUUUGAGGUAAUGUUCCGUAAGUCUGAUGGCACAUGCAGUUGCUCAUGCAGGCGUUUUGAACAAUUUGGUUUGCUAUGUAGACAUAUAUUCUAUGUUUUGAGAAUUAUGGACAUUAGGGAUUUUCCAAAACAGUACAUUCUGAAUAGAUGGCGCAAAGAGGCUUUCCCAAAUUGCUCUCCCGAAUUCUCAAUUAGUCAUGAAUAUAUGACCGAGCUUGACCCCGAUGUGUAA